AUGAGGUCCUCAGCUGCCCCAAAGGCCAAUGCGGAAAUUCCAAAAGCACCCCUCAGCUGUCAGAGGCCGGAAGGGGCGGGGCCAGGCCUGGAGUGUCGGAGCGCCAACCCGGGCAGUAGCGCCUUCUUUUCCGCUUGGCCGCGGGCGGAGGAAGAGCUUUCAGGGUCUGUUGGCCGUACGGGCGUGGCGGCAACGCCCGCGGGCACGUCGCCCAGCUCUUCGAGGGGAGAAGGCCCCGCGGAGUUAGGUCAUUUUCUUAUUUCUCCCAGGAACCCGACUCCGUGCCCGGGUCUACAGGUCGGCCUCAGGCCCCUCCGGCUUGUGCGUCCCGCCCCCGGGAUCCCCAUCCCGGUGGCUUCGGUCCCUUGCCGGGCACAGUCCAGCGGUCGGCGCGGCCGCGGCCUCCGAGUCAUCCCAGGAGGCCACCUUCCCCUCCCCAACCCGGUUGACGCCGCCUCGAGCUCUCCUCCGUGCCUUCUGCUCAAUCGCAUUUUGUGCAGCAGAGCCUAUGAGUUGAAGAUGAAGAUCAUUGUGAUAAAUGUUUUCCAAAAACCUGUCAAAGAGGAUGGCUGUGAAAACACUAGGAGGACCGCUGUGCAUGUAACAAGAUGAGUACGUGCAGAUGAAUGUUCAAGUGCUUAGCAGUGGUGCUUAAAAACUCUUCAUUACCUCAAAGGUGUGGCACACAACGUUUUCGAAGGAAAAAUGAAGAGUUGUUCAAGAAGACGUGCAUUAAAGCAAGUGAUAAAAAUUAAAAUUGUAUUUUAAUGUUCAUCUCACAGUAAAUUAUGGAGAAAAAUACAUCUUCAAAUUAUUUUAAUUGCUGGACAAUAAAGUCUGUUCUCUUUAAAAUA